UGAAUGAUCGGAGCGAUAAUAUGGGUUGUGUCAUAGGCCUACCUGAUAAAAACUGACACUUCUUCACUAGAUCAGCCACACCCCGGUGUUAAGAGGGAAUGAGGAUUUCGGAAUGAGACUUUACCACGAUAACCUGCCUGCGCCACUUACUCAGCCCGUGAGCUUAAGUAACUACCUCACGACCGCAGCCCCGAUGAUGUUCCCUAUGCCUGCCUUUCCUACACUGAGCUUCUCGCCGAGCCAGAUAGCCAGUGUUUGUGAGACAUUGGAAGAAAGUGGGGACAUAGAGAGACUUGCACGAUUUUUGUGGUCCUUACCGGUUGCGCCAAGUACAUGCGAAGCGCUAAGUAAACAUGAAAGUGUCCUACGAGCCAGGGCCGUCGUGUCCUUUCAUCAGGGCAACUUCAGAGAACUUUAUCAUAUUUUAGAGAAUCACAGAUUCACGAAAGAAUCGCACGCAAAAUUACAAGCAAUGUGGUUAGAAGCGCAUUAUCAAGAAGCAGAAAAACUCAGGGGUAGACCAUUAGGACCGGUUGACAAAUACCGAGUGCGAAAGAAGUUCCCGCUCCCUCGCACCAUCUGGGACGGGGAGCAGAAAACGCACUGCUUCAAGGAGCGAACGCGAAGUUUACUCAGAGAAUGGUACCUACAAGACCCUUACCCAAACCCUACAAAAAAGAGAGAAUUAGCACAUGCAACUGGACUCACGCCGACGCAAGUAGGAAACUGGUUCAAGAACAGGAGGCAGCGAGAUCGAGCAGCAGCAGCAAAAAAUAGGUUGCAACAGCACGGGUUAGCGUCGUCAACGCGGUCUCCGCCGGGCUCGCCUGAUUCAUUAGCAGACGGUACAGCAUCUCUGCAUAAUCACCCGCUCAAUUCUCCACUCAGUUCACCCACAUCGUCCGUCGAUCUGUCUGUACCGACCGAACACCCUGUGAAGCUAUUUUAGCUAUAACUGAGCAUCAUCUAGCGAACUAACUGAACAAUAUUUUACAAUUCCCUAUUUAAGGGAAUUUUUUUUUUCGAGUUUGAUCGAAAAGAAAAGGACUCAUGUUUAAUUCACGUUGCUCUUUGCGGAAGUUUGCCGGACAUUGCGAUGUAUGCAUGGUGUGAAAAGAAGCUUAUUUUUAGGUUCUCUCCGCACUAUUAAGUUUUAUGGCAAUGAUUUGUCCAUAUAUGGGCAAAGAUGAUGUCAUUUCACACCCAUAUAUGGACAACUCAGGUAAGACUAUUUCAGAAGCACAACUUGAUAGUGUUUGCAGAGAUUUAUUAUAGUUAAUUAUUUGUCUAUUGACGCUGUAAAUACUAUACAUAGUCUAUAUUACUAAAUGAUUUUUUUUUACAAAGUAAAAAACAUAACAACUCUCGUAAUUACACAAACAUACGGUAUGUGUGCUUCUCUUUGAAAAGAAGUUGUAAAAAUAUAACAAGACUGGCGUGUUUUACUGAAAAAAUGGAUUCAUUCGUGUCAUAAUUAUAUUUUUAUUGAAAUUUCACCUCCCACCAAUGUUAUAUUUCUUUAAGAAAAAAUAUCAUAUUUAAGCGACUUGAAUCGAAGUGGUUCCGAAAAAGAAUUGUUUUAAAUACAUUUUUAUUUAAGUCUAACACAUUAGUGUAACAAUAUUCUCUCUUGUUUCUAAACAUGUUAAAUAACCCCUUCACUGAAGUGUCUUGAUAACAAAGACAACGUAUACUAAACUGUGUAGGCCUAGGAUAUGCUAAUUCGCACUGAACGUUAUUGUGUGCGCACUGUAUGUAUGCCUCGCUCAAGCAUAGGCCUACUAUUUGACGUUUGAUGUAAUAGGCUAGGCCUUUUAUUCUCUUUAUCAACAUAUUAUUCCCGUUAAAUUCAAAUUAAAUUAUAAUUGAUUUUGAGGUAAUUUGAUAGUACAGGUGCAAUACUGUGAUUGUAAUGAUGAUAAUAAUAGAAUAAACGAAUUAAUAUCAAUGGGUGUAGUUUAAAAUACUUAAACUUAAAACAAAAUGUCGAGAUGGGGUGUGUAUACCGCCGUCGUAUGUAAAGUUUAAUGCGGGAGUUGUUCUUAUUUAAUUAUUAAGGUGUUAUACCUUAUAAAGGAUUCGCUCGAUUCCAAUUUUAUUGUACAAUAAUUGUGUUUUAUGAGCAUCCAAAGGGUGCAUUGUGCAUUUUAAGUCUAAAUGUUCGUUGCGUAGAUAUUACAUAAAUAAUGUGACACGAGUCAGACCGUGUAGACAUAGGCAACCGUUAGGUUAAUGAUAUUAUAAUGACUUUUCGUUAUUGUAAAUGGAAAGAACGAAUAGUUUGGAUAUGAUUGAUGAUAGUAAAUUUGCUAACUUUCAAUUCAAUCAACUUGUACAGAUGAAUAUAAUUGCUACAGAUAAAUAAAAAAACUAAAACUUA